AUGGGGAAGCUUUGGAUUCAGCCCAAAGACAGUGUGUCCUCAGCAGAUGACUGCCAGCAAGCUGAUAUCUACAAAGAAGGAACUGAGGCAGCAAUCGUUACAAUCAGUUACAAGGAAAACAAAUUACAAGAUUACAAAUUACAGGAAGAUGCUACCCAGCCAGCCCCAGACCCGCUGCCCUCCGCGGGCUCCUCCCACGCCACGUGGGCUGGUGCUAUCCUUAGUCCCAGCCCAGUGAAGAGCUGCUGGGGCUGGGUAGUCAGGGGGGAGGCCGGUAGAGAGGAGUAUAAAAUCCAGUCUUUUGAUGCAGAGACCCAGCAGCUGCUGAAAACAGCACUCAAAGAUCCAGGUGCUGUGGAUUUGGAGAAAGUGGCCAAUGUGAUUGUGGACCAUUCUCUGCAGGACCAUGUGUUCAGCAAGGAAGCAGGAUGCAUGUGCUAUGCCAUCAUCCAGGCAGAGAGUAAGCAAGCAGACCAGAGUGUCUUCCGGUGUGGACUCCUCAACUGGCUGCAGCAAGAGUACCAGACCCGGGAACAGCUGAGAGCACGGUCCAUGCAGGGCUGGGUCUGCUACGUCACCUUUAUCUGCAACAUCUUUGACUACCUGAGGGUGAAUAACAUGCCCAUGAUGGCCCUGGUGAACCCGGUCUAUGACUGCCUCUUCUGGCUAGCCCAGCCAGGCAGUCUGAAUGAGGAGGAGGAGGUAGACUGCUUGGUGCUGCAGCUGCACUGCGUUGGGGAGCAGCUGGAGAAGAUGAACGGACAGUGCAUGGAUGAGCUGUUUGUCCUGAUCCGGGAUGGCUUCCUGCUCCUGACAGGCCUCAGCUCCCUGGCCCAGCUACUGCUGCUAGAGAUUAUUGAGUUCCGGGCUGCUGGCUGGAAGACCACCCCUGCUGCCCACAAGUAUUACUAUAGUGAGGUUUCUGACUAGUUCCGGCUUGGGAUUUGCUCCCUGCAGCACUGGCCUCUCCUCAGCCCUCCUUCCAAGCUGGCAGGGAAGUCUCUGCCUCUCCCAAAGGCUUUGCCCUGCGAGAUUUACCCACCUUCCCAGUUGCACUGUGAUCCUGCCCUGUUCCCUUUCCCCAGCUAGAAGUUGGGGAAAUACCAAAGACUUGCUCUCAGCCUCAAGUCUGUCCCCUUUUCCCCCGAAGUCCUAUCAGCCUUCUAUCACUUCCCACCAAGACCACGGAGAGGAGGGCAAUGCCUACUGACCACUGCACUGUAUCACCACUGCUGCAACAGGAC